ACGUCAUCUACGCUCGCCCACCCUGACGAAGCCAGAGAGUAAGACAGCAGGACCGGCGGCGGCUAAAUCGAGACUAGUAGCGCGACAGCGACUGCAGCAGCAAUGGCCGGGGCGGGGCCGGCCCCGGGACUCCCGGGUGCAGGAGGACCGGUGGUCCCAGGCCCUGGUGCCGGCAUCCCGGGCAAGAGCGGCGAGGAACGCUUGAAGGAAAUGGAGGCGGAGAUGGCCCUGUUUGAGCAGGAAGUUCUAGGGGCUCCAGUAACCGGAAUCCCAACCGCUGUGCCUGCGGUGCCCACGGUCCCCACGGUAGACCCGAUGCAGGUCCCAGCAGCCCCUGUGAUCCGCCCAAUUAUUGCAACCAACACAUAUCAACAGGUCCAACAGACUCUGGAGGCCCGGGCAGCCGCUGCAGCCACAGUAGUUCCUCCCAUGGUGGGUGGUCCUCCUUUUGUGGGCCCAGUUGGCUUUGGCCCUGCUGAUCGGAGUCACCUGGACAGUCCAGAGGCUCGAGAAGCUAUGUUCCUGCGGCGAGCAGCUGUGGCCCCUCAGAGGGCUGCUAUCCUGCGUCCAGCCUUCGUCCCUCACGUGCUACAGAGAGCAGAUUCUCUUCUUUCUUCUGCAGCAGGUGCUCCCCGGCCUAUGGCCCUGCGGCCCCCGCACCAGGCCCUCGUAGGACCCCCUCUUCCUGGGCCCCCUGGACCACCCAUGAUGCUGCCACCAAUGGCUCGCGCCCCAGGUCCCCCCCUGAGCUCCAUGGCUGCUCUGAGGCCUCCCCUGGAAGAGCCAGCAGCACCACGAGAGCUGGGCCUAGGCCUGGGGCUGGGCCUGAAAGAGAAGGAGGAGGCAGUGGUGGCAGCAGCGGCUGGGCUGGAGGAGGCUGGUGCUGCGGUGGCUGUGGGAGCAGGAGGUGCUCCAGCUGGCCCUGCAGUCAUCGGCCCCAGCCUGCCGCUGGCCCUGGCCAUGCCAUUGCCUGAGCCCGAGCCCCUGCCCCUCCCACUGGAGGUAGUACGGGGCCUGCUGCCCCCAUUGCGCAUUCCUGAGCUCCUGUCCCUGCGUCCACGACCCCGGCCCCCCCGGCCUGAGCCACCCCCCGGCCUCAUGGCUCUUGAGGUGCCGGAGCCCAUGGGUGAAGACAAGAAGAAAGGCAAGCCAGAGAAAUUGAAACGCUGCAUUCGCACGGCAGCCGGAAGCAGUUGGGAGGAUCCUAGCCUGUUGGAGUGGGAUGCCGAUGACUUCCGAAUCUUCUGUGGAGACCUGGGCAAUGAGGUGAAUGAUGACAUCUUGGCACGAGCCUUCAGCCGCUUCCCAUCCUUCCUUAAGGCUAAGGUGAUCCGUGACAAGCGCACAGGCAAGACCAAGGGCUAUGGCUUCGUCAGCUUCAAGGACCCCAGUGACUAUGUGCGUGCCAUGCGGGAGAUGAAUGGGAAGUACGUGGGCUCACGCCCCAUCAAGCUGCGCAAGAGCAUGUGGAAGGACCGGAAUCUGGACGUGGUCCGAAAGAAGCAGAAGGAAAAGAAGAAGUUGGGCCUGAGAUAGGGUCUGUGGCUGGGCACCCGCUUCCACCCGGCCGGGCGCUGGCUUCUCCCCACAGCUGUCUUUGGAAAAACCCCAACUGUCCACCCACCUACCUACCCCGAAAAAGUUUCAAUAAAUUUACAUUCAUUUCCA